GAUUUCGGGUAAUCAUUAGUGUUUUUUCGCUUGUGCUCUAUUCAAAAUACUCAAUUUUUUCAACCAAAUUCAUUUUUUACAAUUACGUGUCAUUGUUCGAUAAAAACAACGUGUGAAUUAACCAAAAAUCAAUCAAACAACGAUGCCGGAAGAAAAUCAAGAAAUUGAAACAUUCGCUUUUCAAGCCGAAAUUGCUCAAUUAAUGAGCCUGAUUAUCAAUACAUUCUAUUCGAAUAAAGAAAUUUUUCUACGUGAAUUGAUAUCAAAUUCAUCGGAUGCAUUGGACAAAAUACGUUAUGAAUCGUUGAUUGAUCCAUCGAAAAUUGCCAAUUGUAAAGAUUUUUACAUUAAAAUUAUUCCGAAUAAAGAUGAACGAACAUUGACCAUUAUUGAUACCGGCAUCGGUAUGACUAAAGCUGAUUUGAUAAACAAUCUUGGUACGAUUGCUAAAUCUGGUACUAAAGCUUUUAUGGAAGCAUUGCAAGCUGGUGCCGAUAUAUCCAUGAUUGGUCAAUUCGGUGUUGGUUUUUAUUCUGCAUAUUUGGUGGCGGAUAAAGUUACCGUACAUUCAAAACAUAAUGACGAUGAACAAUGGGUUUGGGAAUCAUCGGCUGGUGGAUCAUUUACUAUUCGUCCAGAUCAUGAUAAUGGUGAACAAUUGGCUCGUGGUACGAAAAUUGUUUUAUAUAUGAAAGAAGAUCAAAUUGAAUAUUGUGAAGAACGUUGUAUCAAAGAUGUUGUCAAGAAACAUUCACAAUUCAUUGGCUAUCCAAUCAAAUUGGUUGUAAAUAAAGAACGUGAAAAAGAAAUAUCCGAUGAUGAAGAUGAAGAAAUGAAAGUUGAUGAAACGGAAGAAAAAACCACUGAAGAAAACAAAGAUGAUGAUGGUGAUGAACCAAAAAUUGAAGAUGUAACCGAUGAUGAUAAAAAUGAUGAAAAGAAGAAAAAGAAAACGAAAAAAAUUAAAGAAAAAUAUACGGAUGAAGAAGAAUUGAAUAAAACCAAACCAAUUUGGAUGCGAAAUCCAGAAGAAAUCACACAAGAAGAAUAUGCUGAAUUCUAUAAAAGUUUAACCAAUGAUUGGGAUGAUCAUCUGGCUGUCAAACAUUUUUCCGUUGAAGGACAAUUAGAAUUUCGUGCCCUGUUGUUUGUGCCGAAACGUGCACCAUUUGAUUUAUUCGAAAAUCGUAAACAAAAAAAUAACAUCAAGCUCUAUGUACGACGUGUGUUUAUUAUGGAAAAUUGUGAAGAAUUAAUACCGGAAUAUUUGAAUUUUAUGAAAGGUGUUGUCGAUAGCGAAGAUUUGCCGUUGAAUAUUUCUCGUGAAAUGUUGCAACAGAAUAAAAUAUUGAAAGUGAUCCGUAAGAAUUUGGUGAAAAAAUGUGUUGAAUUAUUCGAAGAAUUGGCCGAAGAUAAAGAAACGUAUAAGAAAUUUUAUGAACAAUUUUCGAAAAAUCUUAAACUUGGCAUUCAUGAAGAUCAUAAUAAUCGUAAAAAAUUGGCCGAUUUACUGCGAUUCUAUACAUCGGCAACUGGUGAUGAUGUUUGUUCAUUGAAAGAUUAUGUAUCACGAAUGAAAGAAAAUCAAAAACACAUUUAUUUUAUCACUGGUGAAUCACGUGAAAUUGUGUCGAAUUCUGCAUUCGUUGAACGUGUACGUAAACGUGGUUACGAAGUAAUCUAUAUGGUUGAACCGAUUGAUGAAUAUUGUGUACAACAGCUAAAAGAAUAUGAUGGUAAACAAUUGGUAUCGGUAACCAAAGAAGGUCUUGAAUUGCCUGAAGAUGAUGAAGAAAAGAAACGUUUCGAAGAGGCAAAGGAAAAAUUCGAAAAUCUUUGUAAAAUUAUGAAAGAUAUUUUGGACAAAAAAGUGGAAAAAGUUCUCGUAUCGAAUCGUUUGGUUAGUUCACCAUGCUGUAUUGUUACCAGUCAAUAUGGUUGGAGUGCUAAUAUGGAACGUAUCAUGAAAGCACAGGCUUUACGUGAUUCAUCUACAAUGGGUUAUAUGGCUGCUAAAAAGAAUCUGGAAAUUAAUCCUGAUCAUCCGGUUAUUGAAACAUUGCGACAGAAAGCUGAAUCAGACAAAAAUGAUAAAUCCGUUAAAGAUUUGGUCAUCUUGUUGUAUGAAACAUCGCUUUUAUGUUCAGGAUUCAGUUUGGAAGAUCCACAAACACAUGCAUCACGAAUCUAUCGUAUGAUUAAACUUGGUCUUGGUAUCGAUGAAGAUGAAAUGGCUAUCGAUUCAAAUGAAAUUGAUGGAACAAUUGCCAACACAAUUGUACCGGAUGCUGAUGCCGAUGCUAAUGAUAAAUCACGAAUGGAAGAAGUUGAUUAGAUUCCAACGAUUUUUACACACACACACACACACACACUUCUUCAACACAUUCGUUUUUUUUCUUUCAAAAUGUGAUUUAAUUUUUUGAUUUUUUUUCUUAUUUUCUCAUACAGUCACAGAUAAACUUUCAACACAAAUCAUACUCUCAUACCAAAAAAAAAAAAAUUCUGCAAACACGAAAACACCCACCAUUUAGCACACUUUAUCUCGGCCUACUUAUUAUCAUUUUCUUAAUUGAUUGAUUGAUUGAUUGUAGUUUACUUGCUCGUUUUACCAAAUGAUUCAUAUAUAAUUUAUAAAUAAAUAAACUUAGCCUUUUUUUACUAUUAAAA